UGUACUUGUUUGCAGUGGCUGUUUCCCAGGAAGCCAUGGGCAGCAAGAAGAAGGAAACUGCCCUGCAGGUCAACAUCAGCACCCAGGAACUUUGGGAGGAAAUGCUUAGUUCCAAAGGACUAACUGUGGUUGACGUCUACCAAGGCUGGUGCGGCCCCUGCAAGCCCGUGGUGAGCCUCUUCCAGAAGAUGAGGAUGGAGGUCGGCCUGGACCUUCUGCAUUUUGCAUUAGCAGAGGCAGACUGUCUCGACGUCCUCGAAAAAUACCGAGGGAGGUGCGAGCCGACCUUUCUGUUUUAUGCAGGAGGUGAGCUGGUGGCAGUGGUUAGAGGUGCAGAUGCCCCACUGCUGCAGAAAACCAUCCGAGACCAGCUGGAGGCUGAAAAGAGGGUGCUGGCGGAAGGCAGAGAACGGAGAGUGAUUAAAGACGAGGCUCUCUCUGAUGAAGAUGAAUGCUCUUCCCAUGAAAAGGAAGAUGGUGACAACGAGGGUGUGGUGUCGUCAGAGAAGCCCUGCACCUUGGCAAUCAUUAAACCAGACGCGGUGGCCCAUGGGAAGAUGGAUGAGAUUAUCAUGAAGAUCCAGGAAGCGGGGUUUGACAUUUUAAUAAAUGAAGAGAGGACCAUGACAGAAGCAGAAAUGCGGCUUUUCUAUCAACACAGAGCUGGAGAGGAGGCAUUUGAGAAGCUGGUACAUCACAUGUGCAGUGGACCCAGCCACCUCCUGAUCCUCACCAGGACUGAGGGCACCGAGGAUGUGGUCACCACCUGGAGAACCCUCAUGGGGCCCUGUGACCCCGAUGUGGCAAGGAGGGAGCAGCCUGACAGUCUCCGGGCUCAGUACGGCACAGAAAUGCCCUUUAACGCGGUCCACGGAAGCCAGGACUUGGAAGACGCCCGCAGGGAACUGGCCCUGCUCUUCCCCACUUUUCAGUUUUCAGACCAGGUUCCGGAAGCCCCUCUGGGCCAAGAGGCUGAAGGAGCGGAGGGCCCUGGUGAGGCGCUGUGCUCCCCUGAGGACGUGGACAAGGAGGCGCGUGACCAGGGUGAGGCCACGAGAUGAAGAGUCAGCGCACCUGCAUCUGCUGCACGUAAGAAAACCUCCAGAACUGGAACUUCCUCUUUUGAGCACCAAUACAUUCUUGGUUUAGCUCUCUUUCAUGAAUAAAAAUAACAGUAUCCA